AGACUCUAGUUGCUGUUGUUUAUUGCAGAGCUAGAGCAAAAUGACAAAGCUAGGGCAAGUUAAUGCUCUACAGAUACUCCAUUUUGCAGUGUUUGAAAUCUUUCUAACAAUAUUGGUGUGUUACGUACUUGCUGUAGCUUUUGGCCAUGUACCUAUCUGGUUACCAAUGAUAAGUGACUGUGCAGUAAAAUCUCCCGAGAAGUACUUCUUUCGUAUCGGUGUAGUGUUUGGAGCUAGUUUGAUUGGUAUCCAGUCGUUUAUCGUCUAUUAUGCCAAUAAGGAUAAGCAAUACAGCUUUUUUGAAUUAUUGCUAGCAUUGAUAGGAUCUGUAAGCGUUGGAAUAGUUGGAGUUGUUAAUGAAGAAGAAAAUCCACCAAUACAUUUGACUUUUGCUCUGAUAUUCUUCUUGUGUUAUGAUUUGUAUAUGGUUCUGUCGCUUCUGGCUUACUGUAUUAAGAAGCCUUCCAUCCUUUUCAGCUUAAAAACAGUUUGUACUAUUGUUGGAGCUAUCGUUGGAAUUAGAUUAAUAAUAGUAUAUGCAAAAAGUGAAGCUGUGGAGCCAGUGUGUGAGUGGAUUAAUGCAUUUGCUAUAAUGGGUUUUAUUUGGAGCUACAUGCUCAUGGAUGAUAUUGAAAUUAUUGAGGUGAAGGUCGAAGGAAAAAGGAAAACGCAAUAAAAGAAACAUUCGCUGAUUUCGCUCUACAUUUUGUUUACUGCUAUUUUUGCUAUUGCUUAUAAAAUACGCUAUUAGAAGUGGCUGUUCAUAACCCCUAACUUUGACAAAAAAGUAUUCCCUUUCUUAUAAUAGUAAUAAUAAU